AUGGAGCUGAUGCCCCUUUUCAGAGAUACCGGUCAGCUCAGUGCCAGACUCGGGUAUAUAUGGAUUGAUACACUUUGCACCAUUGUCCAGAACGAUAAUGAAGACUGGGAGAAAGAGUCUGCAAAAAUGGCGGAUUACUAUCAGAACCCGUGGCUCACAUCUCAGCGAUCUCUGUCAGUGGAUGGUGGGCUUUUCGGGGAUAUUCCCAGCGAAAGUAUCCCGCGGAUAACGCGGCUACCUUACAGAGAUGAAGAUGGAGUUCAGCAUGGAUACUUCCAUGUCCAUCAGAGUUCGCUGCUGAGCCGAGGUUGGGUAUGCCAGGAGUGGCUGCUUAGCCGUCGAAUUUUGUCAUUUUCGAGGACAGUGCUGUUUGUCCAAUGCCAGACAGAGUCUCCCAGAGGUCUUCUUGGUGACUCGGUAAAUGGCACGGCACAAUAUGGCUCUACUGGCAUUUCGAUACGAGGAAUUGAUACUUUGAGCUCAUCUACAAUUCUCGAGUCAUGGUUUGCGGUUGUUGAGGUUUAUUCAGGGCUGGAACUCAAAAUCCUGGGAGAAGAUCGAUUGAUUGCUUUAGCAGGCGUGGCAAAGGAAUUAGGCCUUGCUAUGGAAAGAGAAGAAGAGAAAGAACGUCCAGAAAAUUGA